AUGGAAUCAGACGGCCGACUAAAGGCCUAUAAAUUCGUCGCUUAUGCGGCCGUCAGCUUCUCCAUCGUUGCUGUCCUGUCAGUAGUUCUGACCCUGCCCAUGGUAUACAACUAUGUAAGCCAUGUACGCAGACAGAUGCAACACGAGAUUUCCUUCUGCAAGGGCUCAGCCAAAGACAUUUUUGCUGAGGUCAACUACAUGAAGGUUCAUGCUAAUGGCCCAUCUGCUCCAGCUAACCGUACUGCUCGUCAAUCCGGAUACGGAGGACCAGAAGUCAACCCAGCUCCAAACCUUCAAUGCGAGGGUUGCUGUCUUCCAGGACCACCAGGACCAGCUGGUUCCGCAGGAAAGCCAGGAAAGCCAGGACGUCCAGGAGCUCCAGGAACCCCAGGAAUCCCAGGAAAGCCACCUACUGCUCCUUGCGAACCAACCACCCCACCACCAUGCAAGCCAUGCCCACAAGGACCACCAGGCCCACCAGGACCACCAGGAUCUCCAGGAGACCCAGGAGAGGCUGGAACCCCAGGACGCCCAGGAAACGACGGAACUGCUGGACUUCCAGGACCACGUGGACCCCCAGGACCACCAGGAGAGCCAGGACAACCAGGACCCCCAGGAGACCCAGGAGCACCAGCUCAAAGCGAACCACUCACUCCAGGAGCCCCAGGAGAAGCCGGAGAUGCUGGACCACCAGGACCACCAGGACCUCCAGGAGCACCAGGAAACGACGGACCACCAGGACCUCCAGGACCAAAGGGAGCCUCUGGACCAGACGGACCACCAGGAGUCGACGGACAAGGUGGACCACCAGGACCUCCAGGAACCCAAGGAACUCCAGGAGAGAAGGGUAUCUGCCCCAAAUAUUGUGCCAUCGAUGGUGGAGUCUUCUUCGAGGACGGAACACGCCGUUAA